CAUUGCCAAACGUUAGGCGUUAGGUGCUUUACAGCUGUCUCUAUAAACGCUGUUAAAAAAUGAAGUUGCUGAUUUUGUGCUGUGUGCUAUUUAUUUUGACCAAUUUUACUGCCGACGUUGUCUGCAAGAGAGGCAGAUCUAAAAGUCGUGGUGGAACCAAACAUACCUCCGGCAGUGAUUGCGGCUGGCUUUGCAGUGGCAAUAAGAAAUCACCGCCAUCUCCAAAACAAUCAGUCCCUCCACCAAAGGCAACUGCGCCCCAUUCGGACACAUUCAUCAAGAAAGAAACGGCCCAUAGUCAGCAAUCUAGUAAUGUCCAGCGACACAUAGGAUGGAAUGUGCCUGGUACUAACCAGCAUCAGAACCCUCAGACUCAGAACAGCGGUUGGAAAUCAGGAUAUCAGUCUUCAGGUGCAGCUCCGCACCAGCAAAAUUCUUACUCCCCCGUAGGGCACCAACCUCAAGGAGCUUGGCCAUCUCCAGGACAAAGUCCUCCUGGAUAUCCACAACAACAUGGGUAUGGGCAACAACAUGGUUAUCCACAACAACAUGGAUACCCACAACAACAUGGGUACCCACAACAACAAGGAUAUGGCACAAAUACUGCACCUGGACAGUACAAUGGCAUGGGUGGGUACAAUGGCCAUCAUGGGAUGGGUGGAUAUCCUGCACAAGGCGGAUAUCCAGGAAUGGGUGGAUAUCCGGCACAAGGCGGAUAUCUAGGAAUGGGUGGAUAUCAGGGAAUGGGCGGUCAUUCUGGUAUGGGUGGUUACGGUGGAGGAAUGGGAUAUCCUGGGAUGGGCGGUUUUGGCGGAAUGGGUGGAAUGGGCAAUUCUCCUUACGGAAUGUAUAAGAAAAAAAGUUUCUUCAGCGGAAGUACUAUUACCAACGUAGUAGCAGGUAUGUUCGUUUACCAUAUGGCUUCGAACCUGGUCGGUGGAUUAUUUGGUGGUGGAUCUUCAAGAAGGCCUACCAAUGUGUAUAAUUAUUACAAUCAACCACCCGAAGCCAAAGAAGAAAUAAAAUUGCCGUCUAAUAUUCUUACUCUGUGUGAAGGCAACUCAACAAAAUUAUGUACACCAGGUACCACCGCCAUAUGUACAACAAACAGCACGGUCUUAUGCGUCGCCAUUAUGUCGCAAGCACAACCGUGUGCUGAAGAAAAAGCUCUUUGCAUUAAUACCACGAUACCUUGUGUAGAUCCAGAUAAUCCGCUUUGUCAAAAUGCUACACAAACGCAGAAAGAAACCCCGAUGAACCUGCCCUGUUUCACAAAUCUCACAGCAGAUGUGAACCUGUUAAAUGAAACCAGCAAUGGACAGAAUACAGAUUAUAAGUAUUGUGUGACUGCGAUGGCGGUUGCCGGUCCUGAAUAUCAAGUUUGUAAUGAUAUAGACAAAAUUAGUGACUACAGAAGUGUUUUGGAGGAAAACUACAAAUGGAAUCUGACAAUACACCCGCUGAGACAACCGUACAAUAUCUACAACUUCAAACAUCCUACAGAAACGCCUUCUGGUGAAGUAGUGAUGCCCAUGGAAGUUCUAAUACCGUGCGUGGAAAAUGCGACGAAACUUUGCGUUCCAGGAGUUACACCUAUCUGUACAACCUUUAGCGAAAUAAUGUGCCUAGAACUGCUCUCAUCCACAUCUUUUUGUGAAGAAUACAACACCACUUGCAUAAAACAUAAAGUACCUUGUCUUGAAGAUGAUCCCUUGUGCAAAAACAAGACCGAGGAAGAGUUGAUUAAAGAGGACGAUAAAACGUUGAUAUCCGUUGAACUGCCUUGCUUUGCUAACCUUACCAUUAACUCAAACCUGCCGAAUUUCGAUAUUAGUUCGUUCAAUGGUACAUUUCCCGAGAGUGCCAAUACAAGUUACACCUACCAUUACCAUUACUGCGUAACCACGUUGGGCAUUCCUGGUCCACAAACUGAUGUAUGUCUCACUACUCUACCCGAUGGAAAAUCAAGCGGAAAGUAGGAAGUGGAUCGAGAUAUGUGAAACGAGGAAAAAUUCAUUUCAAAAUUAGUUUUUGGAAUAUUAUUAGAAAGUUUUUAAAUUAGUCUGCCCCUUUUAAAAUAUUAAGACAACACUGAUAAAGCUAGUGACUAUCACGGGUUGCAGAAUAUUUCGGUACUUCUCCUGAAAUGUCGGUAAGUUUAAAUUGAAACUCCAUUGUGAAGAUAAGGAGUUUUGUUGGAUGAUUGUCAUAAGCAAUAGGAAAAUAUCACAAAUAAAAUAGAGCAGACAAUUUAAUAUACCUGUAGUACUACUUAUACUUUUGUAGAGUGUAGUGAAAUAGAUAUUAUAUACUUAUUAGUAUAUGUAUUAUUCUCAUAAUUUUAUUUUUGUUGUUUCUUAAACUUCUUCAUUGCACUGCUAUCUAGGUAGGAUAUAGAAGCAUAUUCAAUAUUCAAAAUUAUUAAAACUGCAAAACAGCACUUAAUAUUAAUAAUAAUCA